UCUCCGGAAGUACAAAGAAAAACCUUCCUCUGUUUAUAAGAAUAGGACUAACACACUGUGUUAUCUCUUUUCCUCAUGUGCAUGUUUUCUGAGUCAGCACUCAGUCCUGUUUUCCAGAUAGUUCUUUAUGGUUUUGUGGGGUGUCAUGUGUUUCCCGAUAGUGACCUUGACCAGGGAAUGGCUUUUGAGCUGGACAACAACUUUGUUCCUUCCUGCAAAAUAGGCAGUGGCAUUUCAGCAGCUCUCAAGAAAGGACCUCACUCCAACUUCACAAGGUGUGGCUCAGCAUCGCUUUAUCAACACAGCAGAUUGGGAAGCAGCAGGACCUGGAUUUCCCUAGUGUCAUUGAUAAUGGCAUUUCGUUUUGGAAUUACCUUCUUCUUCUUCUCAGUGUGGAUUAUAAACCUCACAAUACAGGGCACUUUUCUUUCAAAAGAUAUUUACACUUCCAAGUGCCGGAUUGCUGGAAUUACUCUUGUUUCAUAUAAGAACCAAGCAAAUUUUAACUUCACUGAAGCACAGCAGGUGUGCAGGCAGCUAGACUUAAUGCUGGCACAUAACUCUGAAGUAGAAAAAGCUUGGAAGCAUGGCUUUGAAACCUGCAGUUUUGGCUGGGUAGCAGAAAGAUAUGCUGUCAUUUCCCGGAUAAUUCCAAAUGAAAAAUGUGGUCAAAAUAAAACUGGAGUAGCCAUCUGGAGACUCCCAGUCAACAGGAAGGCCCGUGCUUACUGUUAUAACUCUUCAGACACAUGGGUCAAUUCCUGCAUCCCAGAAGCAACUACACUUGCAUUGCCAGAUGUGUCAACAGAGAUGAACUCCACUUCAACAUUCUUGCCUCAGGACACUUCAGCAAUAGUUCAAACAUCAGAGCCACCACAGACCAAAGGUCUUCAGAAAUUGUAUCGUGUUAAAUGCGUAACAGAGAUCAUAACACCAAAGCCAACCACAGAAGAGGAAAUAGUACUUUCACCUGACAAACGAACUGCCUUUAAAAAUGAUGGCAUCCAGUUUGGAGGUGUACCCAUUGCUCUUCUUGUGCUUGCCCUCAUCUUCUUUGUAGCUUCAGUGGUUUUAGCUGUCUGCUACAUCAAAAAAUACAAGAAAACAUUUCCAUUUUCUAAAAAGAAUGAGAAGAAAGAAGAAAUUGAAACCAAGAAUGUCAAACAAACAAAGACAAGUAACAAAAGUCCUCAGGAGGAACCAAAGAACAGAAAAAAGGCAGCAGAACCUCAGUCCAAGCCUGAACCACCUGUGAAAUGUUUGGAAGCAGAGGUUUAAGAAAUGACAUCCAAAUGGACUGACCUUGCAUGAAUAAAAGGCAGAAAUUAGCAAAUAGUUUAUAAAUGCAUAGUUGUAAAUGCUGUCAAAGUUGGUGUUUUUUUGUUUUGUUUUUUUCGUGUCAGGAGCAACCUGAGUCGCUUCUGGUGUGAGAGAAUUGGCCGCCUGCAAGGACGUUGCCCAGGGGACGUCCGGAUGUUUUGAUGUUUUACCAUCCUUGUGGGAGGCUUCUCUCGUGUCCCCGCAUGGAGCUGGAGCUGAUAGAGGGAGCUCAUCCACACUUUCCCCGGGUGGGAUUUGAACCUGGCAGCCUUCAGGUCAGCAACCCAACCUUCAAGUCACAAGGCUUUUAUCCCUUAGGCGACCGGAGGCUCCAAACUAUAGAUGAAGUAAUUACUAGACAUGCAUAAUUUUUGGAAGUUUUUUUAAUUGGCUUUAACCCACUACUCCACCGGGGGCUCCAAUGUACCUCUUACAAACUCUGAAUCCAUACCUCCUAGCUAUAACUACUAUGCCCCCAGAUGGCAUAGUGGACUAAGUGACUUGAAGGUUGGGUUGCUGACCUGAAAGCUGCCAGGUUCGAAUCCCACCUGGGGAGAGUGCGGAUGAGCUCCCUCUAUCAGCUCCAGCUCCAUGCAGGGACAUGAGAGAAGCCUCCCACAAGGAUGGUAAAAACAUCAAAACAUCCGGGCGUCCCCUGGGCAACGUCCUUGCAGACGGCCAAUUCUCUCACUCCAGAAGCAACUCAAGUUGCUCCUGACACGAAAAAAAAAAGCUAUAACUUGUCAUUAUAAAAUAUGCAACAAGUUUUAGUAUACAGUUACAACUAUGCAGAUUUUAAGCCUUUUUGAUGUAAAUAAUUACUAAGUUUCAGUGUCAGUAAUAAAUAUUGGUCACAGAUAUGGGAAAAACCUGAAACCUUAGUUCAAGCAAGGUUUCAAAGGCACAAUAGACCAUUUCCCCUUUCACAAAGAAUUCAAUGGAGAGUCCUCUAUGUGUGAAUUAGGUGGUGAUUCAAAACAACUUAGACUUUUUCACUGUUGUGAUAUCAAUUGAAAAAAAACCUGUAAUUCUAGAAAUGACUGCAGACAUCUUUGUGCUGUGUAUCUCAUUGCAAAAUUCAAAGAAUGGAAGAGUUAAAGUGGAAAUAAAAGAUCUGAUUCACUUUAGAAAAAAAAUGGGCACACCCUAUUAUAUACAGUGAAUCUUUCAGAUAAAAUUCAGCUAAUUACUCCCCUACAGAUUUUACUUUGGGCAAUUAGCUAUUCAGGGCUCUAGAUGCAACGCUUCUUCAACUUUUCUUGAGAUUUUCCAGACAUUUACACAAAUUAGGAUCUGUGGAUUUCACAGCACUUCCAGAACCAGGACUGUGUAAUCUCCUGCUUGUGUUAUUAUUUUUCAACAUAAUUUGCAAUUUACAAUGUACAAUCCUAUGCAGGUUUAGCCAGAAUUUUGUCCCAUUAUGUGUUAAGGAGCUUACUUUCUAGUAAAUAUUUGGUGCUGCAGCACAAGGGAUCUCUGAAAACCUGAUGCAUUGCAAUAUUCACUCACUAUUGUAACUGUCCAUAGUAUUUAUUAAGACUGCAUGGAAAUUAGAUAAAAUAAGAACUACAUAGUUAUUUCUAUUCAACUGUCAGAUAUAAUCAUUCAACUAAACCAGAUCUUGGUGAUUAUGGAAGAUUAACCCCAAAAUGGAUAACUUAAUAAAAACUACCAAAACAUA